AGCCCCACUGACUGACAGAAAGCUACACAAGAAACACAGGAGUGAAGAAACGCCUGAACAACAAGAAGACUCAAGACUAAACAGAAGAAAGAUGCUGUGCUCUCAUGGAUUCCCGUCUGCUCUCAGUCCAUUCAUGGACUUCUCCUGGCCUGUACGCAGUCUGUGGCCAGAGGUCAGACCUCUGUUCUACCAGCAGCAUGUCAUGCAGAGAGACCUGCAGGAGCUACGCAGCAGCCUGCAGCUGAUGGACAAACUUCAACGGCAGAUCCUUGAGGACACAGAGCCUUUCAGGAGCAGCGUGGCUCUGCAGCCAGUGUCCUACCAGCUGGACAAAGAGGGAGAGCACUUUGGCCUAACCCUGGACACCCAGGGCUUUUCUCCAGAAGAUCUGUCAGUCCGGCAGGUGGGCAGGAAGCUGAGAGUCAGCGGAAAGACAGAGAAGAAACAAGAGGACGGGAAAGGCUCCUACUCUUACAGCCUGCAGGAGUUCAGACAGGAGUUUGAUCUGCCUGAAGGGGUGAACCAUGAAGACGUCAGCUGCCACCUUUCUCCAGAUGGAAAGCUCCACAUCCAGGCAGCCAAAGUUCCUUGUAUUGAGGGGAUGGAGAGAGAGCUGACUAUCAAGAGGAGCUCAGAGGAAGAACCACAGCAGAGUGUGUGUUCACAGGCAGAAGACAGCAGAGCAGAAACACAGAACAGAUCAUAGAAAAAACCUGAAAACAUGGACUCACAUGUCGAUGUGCCAAUUUUUUCUUGUCAUUUUAUUGUUUAAGUGUUUUCUGCUUUUUUGUACAGUAAAAGAGUUUAUUGAAAUAUCUUUUCAAGAAGUGGUUAAUGUUUUUUUUUUUUUUUUCAUCUAUCGUCUACUAUUUUGAUCUUUAUAAGAUGUGUUUUUAUUGAAAAUAUACUAAAACUUCAAGGAUGUAAACAAAAUAGUUAAUUAAUUUAAUCUUGAAUCUAGUAAAAGUAAAUGUCAACAAGUUGACUGUGUCUUAAAGAAAAAUUUAAUUCAUGGAAUUUGCUGAAAAAUGAAAAUUAAUGUUUUACAUCUCAAUAUGAUAUAAAUGCAAAAUUCCUUUAUCUUUGGUAUUCUGUUUUAGUAAGAACAUGUCUCCUGCUCUGUCUGUUUUUUUCUCCAGUUGGGCAUGGUUUACAUUGCCACCAUUAAGAGAUUAUCUGUGCUCACCAGUAAUGACUAUCAUUAUUUUGCAGCAAGACAUGCAGGGACACACACACGGUUACACAUCCACUCUUAUGUAGUAGUAAAAUUGGGGUGGAUACUACACUUUGAAUGUAAAAAUUUCAAAUUAUUAAGAGUAAAUAAGGAAGUACUUUUUAUAAAUUCCUAUUUACUAAAGUAAACUUGAGUUCUGGGCCAAUUUCUUGAAAUAAAUUUUUUUAAGACAUCUGUCCAUCGAGGUUUUGAACUCAAACUCGUCAAGAACAUUUCAGGAUGUUUGCUUAGUAUUAUGGCUUCAUCUAAAACCUCUGAAUAAAGUGUGCUAACAGC